CGCUCUUGCAGCUGGCUGAGCGACACGCCUCCCGAAGCCUCGUGCAACAGCGACCCUAAGCAGCGCACCGUUUUUAACGGUUUCUUUCUUUCAUGCGACCGAAGAAGGCCCGUUUAACGGGAGAUUUCGACGAUGAGUAGCUUCAUGAAUAUGGCGUGUAUUGGAGACUUUGACCCAUUCACCGCUGCCAUUCCCGCCACCAGAGUUGAGCUCACGGUGUCGUGUAGAAAUCUCCUGGACAGAGACACAUUCUCCAAAUCAGACCCAAUUUGUGUGCUGUAUACACAAGGAAUCGCCAACAGGGAAUGGAGAGAGUUUAGUCGGACAGAGAUGAUUAACAACACCCUGAAUCCAGACUUUGUCCGGAAAUUCACCCUGGACUAUUUCUUUGAAGAGAGACAGAAUCUACGAUUUGACCUGUACGACCUCGACUCGAAGAGCGACAACCUGUCUAAACAUGACUUCCUGGGCCAGGCAUUCUGUACCCUGGGGGAGGUGGUGGGCUCCAUGGGAAGCUGCGUGGAAAAACCUCUCAUUGGGAUUCCAGGGAAGAAGUGUGGUACCAUCAAAGUGAGAGCAGAGGAGCUGAGCAAUUGCAGGGAGUCAGUGAUGCUGCAAUUCUGUGGGAACAAGUUGGACAAGAAAGACUUCUUUGGGAAAUCGGAUCCUUUUCUGGUCUUCUACCGCAGUAACGAAGACGGAUCAUUUACUAUCUGCCAUAAGACAGAGGUGGUGAAGAACACUCUGGACCCAGUGUGGCAGGCCUUCAAGAUCCCUGUCAAGGCCCUGUGCAACGGAGACUAUGACAGGAGCAUAAAAGUGGAGGUGUAUGAUUGGGACCGAGAUGGAGGCCAUGACUUCAUUGGGGAAUUCAAUACCAGCUACAGAGAGAUGUCAAGAGGCCAGUCACAGUUUCACAGCUACGAGGUGGUCAAUCCAAAGAAGAAAGGCAAGAAGAAGAAGAAAUACCUCAACUCGGGAACAGUAACCCUUCUGUCCUGCCUGGUGGACAUGGAACUCACCUUCCUGGAUUACAUUAAAGGAGGGACUCAGAUUAGUUUCACAGUGGCAAUUGAUUUCACAGCAUCAAAUGGCAACCCCUCCCAGCCCACCUCUCUACACUACAUGAGUCCGUACCAGCUGAAUGCCUACGCCAUGGCUCUGAGAGCUGUAGGGGAGAUUAUCCAGGACUACGACAGUGACAAGAUGUUCCCUGCACUGGGCUUCGGAGCUAAACUGCCCCCGGACGGACGGGUCUCGCACGAGUUCGCUCUGAAUGGGAACCCCCAGAAUCCGUACUGCAGUGGGAUAGAGGGGGUGAUGGAGGCUUACUACCAAAGCCUCAAGUCUGUUCGACUCUAUGGACCCACACAUUUCUCCCCUGUCAUUAACCACGUGGCCAGGUAUGCACAAUCAGUCAAAGAUGGCUCCCAAUACUUCAUCCUCCUUAUCAUCUCGGACGGCGUCAUCACCGACAUGGCCCAGACCAAGGAGUCCAUCGUAAACGCAGCUACUUUGCCCAUGUCAAUUAUAAUCGUCGGAGUUGGACCAGCAGAAUUUAAUGAAAUGAUUGAGCUUGAUGGAGAUGAAGAGAGGAUCUCAUCCCAAGGGAGGUUUGCCGAGAGAGACAUUGUUCAGUUUGUUCCGUUCCGUGACUACAUCGACCGCAGGGGGAACCACAUUCUGAGUAUGGCCCGUCUGGCCAAGGAGGUCCUGGCUGAGAUCCCUGACCAGUUCCUCUCCUACAUGAGAACCAGGUGCAUCAAACCAGGCCUCUGCCCCCCUGCCUACAACCCCGCCCCCGCCGUGCACCCCCUCCUCACCCGACGGGUCAGCCGAAUCUGAGGGGUAAGCCUCCUCCGGGGCCUCUUCCUUUCUUGCUCCUUCUUCCUCACUGGAGUUUGACGAUGGCGGUCCGAAGAAGCCAACCGCCAUUUCCACUCUCUUGUUGCACUUUUGUGAAUUCUGACUUCCUCUCUGCAGAAAGGACAGCAAGGCAUUUUGCUUCUAUUUAAAGUGUCCCUCAGGAAGGACUUCCCAUGAGAUGUCAGAGGCCACAGUUUACUGGUCUGACCCAGGAAGGGGGUGAGUGCCUAGAACUGACCAACCAGGAGCAGCAUCCAAUCUGUGAAGAACCGUUCAGAAGUACAUUUCUAUCUCUUAUUUCUAUGCCCUACUCUUCCUCUCAACCCCACUUUUGUCUCACCAACGGUCUCUUUCUAAAUGUUUACAAAUUUAAGGAUGAAGAGGAGGAUUUGUACUUGUGGAUAUACAGUUGAAGUCGGAAGUUUACAUACACUUAGGUUGGAGUCAUUAAACCUC